CCCCUGGACACUCCCCCACCCGGGGCAUCUGAUGGCAGACUGUGCCUGCCCUCGCUGUCCCAGGGAGGACCCAGGAUCCAGGAGCCCGAGCCAGGCUAGCUGGACGUAUUCCAGGACUGGCCAUCCGGGGCCGAUCUCUGCCUCAGACCUGGUCAGAGCUGGUGCUUCCUCCAUGGGCCCCAAAGACAGGGCCAAGAGCUCGUGCUGCAGCCCAGAGCUGAGCCAAGGGGCAGCCGGCGACAGCCCCCCGCAGGACAACUGUAGACCCCCCUGUCUGUGCAGCCACGUCCGGGGCCGUGGCCCCUGGGGAGCCCAGGACCAUGUGGACGGGCAGAUCCUGGGCCAGCUGCAGCCCCUGGCUGAGGAGGAAGAGGGAGAGGGGGCCGGGGCCCCCUUGCCGGAGGGGCCUGCCUUUCCCGGCAUGGGCUCCGAGGAGAUGCGGCUGGCCUCCUUCUAUGACUGGCCGCCGACCACUGGGGUACGGCCUGAGCCGCUGGCCGCUGCUGGCUUCUUCUACACGGGCCAGCAGGACAAGGUGAGGUGCUUCUUCUGCUGCGGAGGUCUGCAGAACUGGAAGCAAGGGGAUGACCCCUGGACCGAGCAUGCCAAGUGGUUCCCCAGGUGUCGAUUCUUGCUCCAGUCAAAGGGAAGAGACUUUGUGCACAGCGCCCGGGAGGCUCGUCCCCGGUUGCGGGGCUCCUGGGACCGAUGGGAAGAGCCGGAAGAUGCCGCCCUCGCUAUCCCGCCAGCUCCUGUCCACCAGGACCUUGAGCAGCUCACGCCCAGGAGAGAGGCCCAGACUGAAGAGGAACCGGCUGAGCCCAGGCCAAGUGUGCGGUGGGCUCCCGAGCCGCGAGGAGCCAGGGCUGUGGAGGAGGAACUGAGGCAGCUGCGGGAGGAGAGGACAUGCAAGGUGUGUCUGGACCGGGCCGUGUCUGUGGUCUUCGUGCCAUGCGGCCACCUGGCCUGUGCGGAGUGCGCCCCCAGCCUGCAGCUGUGUCCCAUCUGCCGGGCCCCCGUCCACAGCCGCGUGCGCACCUUCCUGUCUUAGCACAGGUGCUGCAGCCAGACCCAGAUGGACUGUUGGGACCACCCUGCCCCUCUCAGCCCUGCAGACCAUGGGCUCUGCUGCGCACAGAGGAGCCGGUGUCCAGCCCUGACCCGCCCGAUUCCUGGACUGCAGCCCAGGACAGAGAAGGAAGCGCCUACGUGGUGGUGGUGGGGUGGUCUUACUGCACCUAUGUCGGAUGCUUCUGAAUAUAAAUAAAGUGGGGGGUUCCCCUG